UAUGGUUCUUCCUCACUGGAGGUGAGUAAAAAUUGAGGAAUGAACUGUCAAAUGUAAGGUACCUCGUGACCAACCUUAAGGACUACUCAACGCUUGAAAUCCGUGCGAACGCUUGUUGUGACGAUACUUUUUAUAUUACAAACUUCGAUUUUUGUUAUUAAAAUGAGUGAUAGUGACUUAUAUAGUGACUUUGAAGAGUUUAUGGAUUAUGUUUAUGAUAAUCCUUACGAUUAUCCGGCGCGGAAAUAUAUCAGAGACGCUCAAAACCCUUUGGAAUGUUACGACGAAGAACAAUUUCAAAAACGCUUUCGAUUUAGGAAAGAUACCGUUGUUCAUAUGAUAUUGCCACUGAUUGGAUUGCAAUCAAAUGUAACCAACAAAGGGUUACCUUUACCACCCAUAUUGCAACUACUCAUAGCGUUAAGAUUUUAUGCUACAGGAAACUUCCAGAUUGUUUGCGGAGACCUGCAUAAGAUCAGUCAGCCAGUUGUAUCUAAAAUCGUGGCUAAGCUAUCGAAAAUAUUAGCAAUGAAAGUAGUUGAGUUUAUCAAGUUCCCUGGAGCACACGAGAGAGCCAACGUGAAGAGAGCAUUUUACCAACGUGCUCAAUUCCCAGGGGUAAUCGGGUGCAUUGACUGCACUCACGUACCAAUUAAAAAUCCGAGUCGGGAAAAUGGAGAACUUUUCAGAAAUAGAAAGGGUGAGUUCUCUAUAAAUGUACAACUAAUAUGCGGGCCACAAAUGUUGAUUUACGACAUUGUGGCGAGGUGGCCAGGAUCUGCCCAUGAUUCCCGCAUAUUCAGCAACAGCCGUUGUAGUAUGCGCUUUGAAGAAGGGGAUUUAGUAGGUGCUGGCAUACUUUUAGGGGACAGUGGAUAUGCACAGUCGUCUUACACGUAUACUCCCGUGCUAAAUCCACAAACACCAGAUCAGGAGCGCUACAACAGAUCCCAUAUCAGUACUAGAAAUAUUAUAGAAAGGCUGAAUGGUGUCCUGAAAAGAAGAUUUGCUUGUUUAAGCAGGAAGCUUAAGAACAAAAUAAAAAAUGUCCCUAACAUCAUCGUGGCAUGUGCUGUAUUGCACAAUAUCAGUGUUAACACUAACCAAGAAAUGCCAGAACCCUUGAGGUCAAGGAUAGACCCACCAACACCUGUUCCAGACAAUGAACGAGGUAGUAUUAUAAGAGCUAGUUUUAUCGCAAGACAUUUUAGUUAAGUAUAAUUUUGUUAUGUUAGUUAUGUUUCCUCAGCAAAAAGAACGCCUUUUGUACCACUUGCUUCUUGUAUUUAAAUAAUAAAGAGUUACUGUAUUGUAUUAUGUACUAGUUUAGUUUCUAUCUAGAUGUUAGAUAUGUAUUAAAUACCUAUAAUAUUA